AUGAGCUACAACUACCCUUACCAGAACUACCAGCCCAACUACCAACCCGCCCACUACCCGCCGCCGCCGCCUCCUCGGCGCACCUCGUCGGGGCCAUGCUACGAUGCGGGGCAGCCACCACCAGCCCUCCCGCCGCGGCCGUCGCCAACUCCGGGCUCCCCGAAUGUGCAAGGCGUCACCGCAGCCUUCGGACGCCUGAGCACCUACGACCGCCCGCCCGUCCAGCAGACCUACGUGCCGCACGCCGACUACCGCCAGGCUGCCUCUCCGGCCUUUAACUGGCCGACGGACCAUGGCGCCUCCAGCCAAUACCUUCCGCCGCCUCCGCCGCCUCCGCUGCCUCCGCUGCCUCCGCUGCCUCCACGCCCGCAAUCGCAGUCGUCGCCAUGGCAAGCUGCCGCCCCAUGGCAAACUCCCCAGUCCCCCGCUCCCGCUCCCGCUCCGCCAUCCUUCCCUUCGCCCCAGCCCUGGCAGCAGCAGCAGCAGCCCUCCCCAUCAACCCCCUCGCCAUGGCACCAGCACCAGCACCAGCAGUUCGGAACCUACAACCGGCCCCCUCCCCCACCGCCCGCCGAGCUGCAGCAACCGCAACCGCAACCGCAACCGCAACCGCAACCGCAGGAGUACUACCGCCCCCCCUGCACUUGUUCCUUCCAGCCCGGCCAGUGCCACGCGCAUCCCGCUGUCGCAACUCCCGUAUCGCCGCUGCCGUCUGCCGGACCGCCGACCCCGUCGUCGUCGUCGGCCGCGUCGUCGCAAUUCUCGCAGCAGCAGCAGCCGUACCAACAGCCUUUGCAGCAGCCGUACUACCCGCCUCCGCCGGACCCCGUGCAGCGGAAGCCGGUUGCGAGUCCGCCUGCGUUUGUGUUUGAGAUGGAGGGGAGUGUGCCUGGUGGUGCUGGUGCUGGUGCUGGUGCUACUGCUGGUGCUACUGGUGUGGCACCCGCGCAGAAGAAGCCGGAGGAGAAGGUGGACGAGGUGCCGGCGGAGGAGGCUGCGGUAAAGAAGAAGAAGAAGGACGAGGAGGACAAGCCGCCGGCGGAGAAGCUGCAGCGGUCGUUCACGGAUACGCUGAGGCAGGCGGGUCCGUAUUUCUAUACCCCGCCGCCACGGGCUGCCACCGUGGAGGAGGUGGACGAUGAGCAUUUUGCUGGGGAAUGUGCGGCGUCUGAUGAGCGGGUGGGCACUCCUCAGUCUGCUGCUCCGUCCGCUCCCACGGCAGCUGCACAGGAGCCACCAAGUACGGCAUAUCCGCGCCCGUCUGAGCCAAUAGCCGCAGAAGAACCACCAAGCACGACAUUUCCACGCGCCAACUCUCCUGCCCAAGCCUCCCGGCCCGUAUCCAAGCAAAAGAAGCCGCUGGAAGGGGCGGAACCAUGUGGCUUCUUCCUGAAGAUAGCUGACCCUCCGACGAACAUCCCGGCCGAUCAGGCGGCCGACUACUCGGUCCUGGUCGACUGCGAAUACCCAAACGCCAUUGACUACGCCGACAUUUUCUGGUUCCACCACGAAGACGUUCCGGACUUCCGCAUCUGCGGCUGCUGCUUCGAGAAGCACAUCCGACAAACCGAGUUCGCCCAUUGCUUCACAGGGAAGAUUGAAUCGCAGAAUCUGAAGCCCAUGUGCCACUUCGGCGCGCCGCGGAUGCUGCAACAGCUGUGGCCUCAAGCAGUCCGCACGCGCAAUCUCGACCGGGCAGUAAGGUACAUGACGGAACGAACCCAAGUGACCAGGUGCGACGGCCCGCGCGGAGUGCUGGGCAAACACGCGACCUACGUUAGCUGGUUCAAGAUGAGGGGCAACGAAGUCCCCUCCUUUCUGAUAUGCGAAGCCUGCUUGAAAGACUGCGUGGUCGGCACCGCCUUCAACGACAUGUUCGUUCCCUACCUGGAGCCGCAAGGCCAGGAGCAAACAUGGUCGUGCGACAUGGCGCUUGCCUACCUCCGACGGGCCUUUGCCCGCGCUCUGGAAUCGCACGACUGGAGCUUCUUCGUCACACGUGCAGCACACCGCCUCAGCAUCCCAGCCUGUGCCCAGGCGACGGACGUCGAGGCCGGCUCUCGGAAAUGGUACAGCCCAACUCGGCCCAUCGAGGGCGUCGUCAUCUGCGAAGCCUGCUACGACGACAGCCUCGCCCUCACCCCGCUCGAGAAGGAGUUCUCCCCCCGCCCCGUCGACCCUUCGCACUCGUCCAACCCCUGGUCGUGCGACUACUCCGCCCUGGGCGUCAAAAACGCCAUGUCCGUCUCCCUCAUAACCUCCUCGCCCACGCCCCUCCACACCUCCCUCCAACUCCUCAACACCCACGGCCACUGCGCCGCCGGCCCCCUCGCCAGCCGCACAUGGUACCGCCUCGCCGCCAACCCCAGCGUCGACUUCGACGUCUGCCCGACCUGCCACUACGGCCUCUUCGCCGCCUUCCCGCACGGCUUCCUCUCCCACCUCCUCACCCCGCGCACGACGCCGCAGCCCACCCGCCGCGCGUGCGACUUCUCCGCCACCUCGCCGCGCUUCGCCCAGUACAUCGCCCGCUGGCUCGCCGCCGUCAACCAGCCGGGCGCCCAGCGCGCCGCCCUCGCCGCCUACGUCGCCCGCUUCGCCGGCGCCGCCCCCUGCGCCCGCCGCGACCCCGUCCGCAACGCGCGCUGGUUCCUGCUCGGCCCCGCCCUCGCCCCGGACCUCGUCGCCUGCCUCGACUGCCACGCCGCCGCCAUCGACGGCACCGCCCUCGCCCACCUCCUGGCCCCGUGGCCGCCGCCGCCCGGCAGCAGCGACGACGACGCGAACACCAGCACCGACCCCGUCCCCCGCGUCUGCGACAUGUACUCGGCCAACAUGCGGGCGCGCUGGCGCGCCCUCUGCCACCACCACCAGCAGCCCGGCGACGACGACGACGACGCGGCCGCCGCCGCGGCGCUGCAGGCCUUUGUGGCGUUCGCCCAGCACCGCCACCGCGUGUACGAGCAGACGGUGCCGCGGUGCAAGGAGAUGCUCGCCGCGGCCCGGGCGCGGCGGGAGCGCGGCCGCGUGGCGAAUGCCAUGAGCAGCGCGUACCACGGCAUGGCGCUGGCGACGGGCGGGUACGGCGGGUACGGCGGGUAUGGCGGGUAUGGCGGGUACGGGUACGGCGGGGGAGGGGUGUUUGCGGGGCAGGCGGCGGCGGCGGGGGCGCAGGGGGUGGGGUUGAUGUUGGAGGGGAUGGGGGAUGUGGAGGUGGUGAGGGAGCUGGAGGGGAGGUGGGUCGAGGUCGAGUAG